AUUUUCUAAGUACAAAAUCUAUUGGUUUUAAAAGUGUUUUUAUUAUUCAUAUAGCAGACCAGAUGAGAUAUGUUGUAUAGUAGUCUAUGGACAUUAACUACAGCUAAAAAGUGAAAGUAAGCCGCGUUUUCCCUUUCCAUAUACUCCCGAAUAAAGUCCAGCAAACUCCACCAUGUCCCUGCAUCAUUCCCUCGAGCGACACAGUAGAAAGCUAGUGCACGUAUACAAAGAUGAAACAAACUCAAAUGUGGACAUAUAUUUGUGUGAUAUUUGUAACUCUGCUGAGUCAAUGCUCCGCUUGCAGAUGGCUCGGCAGAUACAGGAUGGUGAACGCCGAUUCUCUGACACUGAUUGAGAAAAUGGGUGGACAUCCAGGGACUGUUAAGGUGCGAUUUCCAGGACACCUGUACAACUUGAUUGGAGAUGCUAAGGUGGAGGACCAGGUGAGGUUUCUUGUCUUGACCUUCGAUCAGAUCAUCAACCUCAUGGAUUCCAAAGAACACAUGAAUCCAGAGCAAUGGAAACUAGUGGAAUAUUUCCUAAAAGACCUGCACAGGCAGUCAUCUGAGCUCAAAGAAUGUGUGGCCCAAUACCAAAAGCCGUCACAUAUGGAGUCAUAUGAGAAAAAGAUAACAAGGCACUUCAGGACUUUAAAGAAGAGUUUAAAGAAAGAAAAAUAUAGUUCUCACACAUGGGAGCAGAUCCGGAGAGCGGUGAAAACCCACCUUCAGAGGAUGGAGAUCAUCGCAAACAAUGCAAACAAGUCCCUGGCAAGAGUUUAACAGACAACCAAUGACAGAAAAAAUGUAUGACUUGGGACACAUUCCAUAGGAUAAAUAAAAUGCUGCAAACAAUGACUUACAAACAAAAACUGGAAAAAAAAAUGUACAAAUGUAUUUGUGUAUUCAGAUGUUUGUAUUUAAUUGCAAUGAAUGAAACCUAGAAU